GCGCGAGGACAUGCAGCAGCAAAUUAUUCGGGAGACCUUCCAUUUGGUAUCCAAAAGAGACGACAACGUUUGCAACUUCUUGAGGGUGGGAGGCAAUCUCAUCGGUGGCUCGGACUACAAGCUGAUCUACCGACACUACGCGACCCUCUACUUCGUCUUUUGCGUGGACUCGUCGGAGAGUGAGCUCGGCAUCCUGGACCUGAUCCAGGUGUUUGUGGAAACACUGGAUAAAUGCUUUGAAAACGUCUGUGAGCUGGAUCUCAUCUUCCACAUGGACAAGGUCCAUUACAUCCUGCAGGAGGUGGAUGGCGGGAUGGUGCUGGAGACCAACAUGAAUGAAAUCGUGGCCCAGGUGGAGCUGCAGACCCGCAUGGAGAAGUCAGAG